AUGACAACCGUGCAAAGAAACAUGCGCGACAUCGCCGUUGUGUUAUCGGCUCUUCCUAAUUCCGAAGAAAAGUUUGACGUUAUUUCACACAUAUCGUGUAGUCUUGUGGUCAUGAGGGAGGGACACGACCCCAGAAACAAUAAGAAUGGGCAAGAAGUCGGAACCAUCCCGGAGAGAUCCGAUCGAAGGUCGAUCUACCGGUUGUCCAUCGAGUCGGACAAUAUCCGCGGAGAAGGGGCCAUCAAGUUCCACAACUUCAUUAUCACUGACGUCGUCAUGGUGGUGGUCACUGAUUGUUGUGACAGUCAAGAAAUUGACGACAUGGCUACGCUUUCUGGUGUUCUUGAUCUUGUCAUCUUCACAACCGUCACGUCUGUCUGGGCACGAGUCCAUGAAAACAACAAACGCGACAUCGAUAUCAAACUCGACCCUGUCAGAAACUUUUGCAGACGUUGGGGCCAUCAGGCUGCUAUUGUUGACCGGAGGUUGUAUAUCGAUGGGGGCUUUAUCAACUACAACCCUUUGGCGCAAUAUCCAAAGAACUAUACCAACACCGGUCUCCACUACCAUGAGCUCGACAUUCCCGGCCCAGGCCGGAUGCCCCAGCUCUAUUCCAACCUCUCCAAGCCUGCCGAUAAGGUCCCCAGUGUCCAUGGCGGCGCCCUCUGGGCCGACGAAGUUAACAAACGGCUUUUCCUCUUCGGCGGGGAAUACCCUUCGCCCGACGUCAACACCGACUUCAACCUGGAUAAGAACUUCAGGACUGGCGACGACGAACCAAUCUUCGUCGAACACCCCGGAAUCAGCGUGCUCCUCAAGCGUCAGGAAACAGGACAGCCUCCUGACGAGAGGGAGAUGCCUUUGCUCGGGCCUCCGAGAAAGAAUAAAACGAUUCUUUACAGCUACGAUAUCCUUACUGAUGAGUGGGUUGAAAUGGACUUGUCAUCUAACCCGUCAGGGAACAGCGGCAUUCUGGGCUCAGUUGCCUACGGAGGCUGGACAUCUGUCUCGGAGACAGGAGAAGGGUACUUCUAUGGAGGGUGGCAGUCAUCGCGGACUGUAGCCGACUGGGAUGGUCCCCCCAGGCUGGUAAGCGGACUGAUUAAGUACCGGAUGGAUGCGAACCAUUUAAGUAAUCACACGGGGCCUGAUGGGGUAGGGAGGGCGGAAGGUGCGUUGGUUUUUUUGCCGGUCGGGGAUGGAGGGAUGUUGGUUUAUUUCGGGGGCGUGAGGGCAACGGAAAAGGAGGGGGAGACCGAGGCACAGCCGAUGGAAGAGGUGUUUUUGUACGAUGUGUUGAGCUCGAAGUGAAGAUACCUCUACGGCGGUGCAGGCUUUCCCCCCGAGACCUCAGGCUAUGACGACGUCUACGUCCUGUCCAUUCCGAGCUUCCAAUGGAUCAAGCUUCACCCUACAGAAGGCGGCAACGUCACCGGCCAGUGGAAGCAUCACUCACUCAGCUGCAACGUUGUAGCCAAUGCCCAGAUGAUUAUCAUCGGUGGCUGGUUCCCUACCACCAACGACUGUGAUGUGCCUGACCAGCACGGCGUCCACAACGCCGAUCUGGGCGAACAGAACGAGAAACGUGCGUUAUGGAACAUUUUUGACCCCAAAUUGACAGGAUAUGCUGUGCCCUCGAAGAUCGUGAGCGCAAUCGGGGGCGAUGCCUCCGGAGGAGCCACCAAGAUUGCACCAGACGGAGGAUUCUCGAACACGGAUUUGAGUGUCCUCAUGACGAGGAAAGCAAACAUACCCAGCCGAACGCCAACUCGAUCAAUUCCAACUCCGACAUCAACUCAGCCUCCAGAGGAGAAAGGCCCUUCUUUAUCGCGAGGCGCCAUAGCCGGCAUGGCCAUCGCCGGCUCCAUCGUCCUCAUAGCUCUUCUAGUCGGCAUAUUCUACUUCAUCCGCCGAGGCCGAAAACGCAAGACCAACCCGGAUGAUAUUUUCAACAACAACAACGACAGCGACAAGCCCGCCCACGACGGAGCUGAAGUUCCCGAAUGGAGCCCCCGCCUCGGCACCUCAACGCCCUACACGACACAUACACCAUACUCCCAAAGCGCACAUACUCAUGGCCCGUACCUCCUCGACAGCACAUCCAUCGAGCCAGUCGAGCUCCCCGUCAAGACGCCUCCUCCAAUCGUUUCACGGCCCUCCCCGGUCCUGCAGCCCGUGUCUGUCCCACCAGCAGGAGCAACAUCAUGGACGGCGCCGGACGGAGUCCGGUAUGAACUCAUGACCCCGACUGGGUCAACACCGGGACAGCACUAUGUCCGUUCCGGAUCCGGACAUAGUGGGGCCGGCCUGUCGGUACGCAAACACAGUCCCCUGGUCGGAGCCGCUUCCGGAGUUGGAGUGGGAUUGGGUCUGGGGAAUAGCUCGCCCAUCGAAAGCACAUUUGGCACAGGCACAGGAACCAUGGGCACAACAGCGACGUCAUCUUCGGGUAAAGGCAUGGGCAAUACCGAGCUGCAAACAAUGGUUGACUCCGAGGGCCGACUCUGGGUACAAGUGUCUGCCCCUGCUGCAGCUGCCAGUGACCCUGGUGCGGCACCAGCGUCGCCGCAUCACCGGUUCCAGAAGCACGAACACGGCCCCGGUCUUUACUCUGGCCAGGGGGGACCGUACCAGCAGCAGCACUCACCGCCGGGGUUUGGCGUCCUCGGAGAGAGCGCCAUGUCUUCUCCCUUGUUUCCCUCUGCGUCCACAACGACGCCUGUAAAUGCAAGCCAUCUCUUCCAUACUCAUCACCAGCAACAUUCAAACUGGGCAGGAACCCAACAACAGCCCCAGAUGCAUGAACUCAGCAGUGAACCAUUGCGACAAGUCGAGAGACAAAGGCUUGGUGUCGUGCUGGGGGAGCAGGAAGAGGGGGAUUCAAGCACGCACUGA